CCUCUCUCCGCGGCGCCCGGAGCGGAGCCUCGCGGCGGCUCUGAGGGGAUGAGGCAGGCGGCGGCGGCGGCGGCGGCGGGCGAGCCCCAGCGACACUGAGGGAGGCGCCUGCUCGGCCGCGCGCUCCUCCUCGCCCUCGCCCUCCUCCUCCUGCUCUGCGCGGCCUGGCGGCUGCCGACCCUCCGCCGGCACCAUGAUGGAGGAGAUCGACCGCUUCCAAGUGCCCGCCGUGCGCGCCGAGAUGCAGCCGCUGGACCCAACGGCAGCCUCCAUCUCUGACAGAGACUGCGACACGAGGGAGGGAGAGUCUGUAGCUAUGAAUUACAAACCAUCCCCGUUGCAAGUGAAACUAGAGAAACAGAGAGAGCUGGCUCGUAAGGGGUCGCUGAAAAAUGGCAACCUGGGAAGCCCCGUCAACCAACAGCCCAAGAAGAACAACGUGAUGGCGCGGACCAGGCUGGUUGUUCCCAAUAAAGGCUAUUCUUCGUUAGAUCAAAGUCCUGAUGAAAAGCCGUUGGUAGCGCUGGACACAGACAGCGAUGAUGACUUCGACAUGUCCAGAUAUUCCUCCUCGGGAUAUUCGUCAGCUGAGCAGAUCAACCAGGACUUGAACAUCCAGCUGCUAAAGGAUGGCUACCGGCUGGAUGAGAUCCCAGACGACGAGGACCUGGACCUGAUCCCCCCCAAGUCGGUCAACCCCACUUGCAUGUGCUGUCAAGCCACCUCCUCCACUGCCUGCCACAUCCAGUAACGGGGAAGCUGGCAAGGGGUGGCCAGCCUCUCCACUCUAACUGUACAACUUAACAGCCAUUGCUUCCUCCUAUGGUAGGACGUGCACCUCUUUGUGUUCAUGGAGCCAGGAAAAACCAAAAAGAAAUUCAUUUUAUGAUCCUCUUCCAAUUUGUGUUUAGGACUCCCGCGAGGGAGGCGUGAGGCACCGCGAGUGGGCCGUGGGGGUCCAGAAAGGCCUCUGGCUCCCUCUGGACUCGGGCCCGUUUGUGAGCUGUGUCACAGGGUUUGGGGUUGGGGUGGACGGAACGGGAGGAGGCCGCUGCAGGGGCUGAGGCCAGGGCCUGAAGUGCCAGCAUUGCAGACCAGGAAGGAAAUAACGGGGUAAACUCCUUUUUGGGGAGCCUGCUGCUUCUUUGAUGGACUGACCCUGAACAGGGACGUGGGAGCAGGCAUGAGGCGCAGCGGGAGGAACCAACAUCAGAAAUCAGCGUCAGGCAGCCCACGGGCAAAACCAAGGCGGUAUCGCGGGAGGUUUCCACACAGCAAUCAGUGGACAUUCCCCUAAGCCUGUCCAGAGAGUCAAACCAGCCCUGCUUGUGGGCUUUAAUGCUUGCGUUCCAGAAUCCUAGCCUGCUAUGAGAAAGUGAGAAACCGCAGAUUCUGUCAGGACCCACGUGAGGUUCCCACGAACGGCGUUGAGAGGAAGGUUUUCUGUGGCUCUUUGAAGGAGAGCAUCGCGUGGCCAGCAGCUGCUGGCCACCUGCCCGCCUGCCGCAUCCUGCCUGGUGUGGGGCUUGUGCCAGGAGCUGGAGAAGCAGCGAUGCCCACAUCAAGGGCCCUGUCCUUCCAGGAGCGGGCGCGUGAGAAGCAAGCUGUGCUCCCAGGCGAAUGCCCCCGGAUUAGCUGCUCUUCCCCCAGGAAACAGGUGGCCGCUCCCCGGAUUGUAGCAAGAGGGAAACUGCUCUCUUCCAGAAGGGGCAGUGUUUGUGCUUGUGCCGCUGAGCCCGAGGGAGCAGCGUCGAUGCGGGUCCUGGCAGUGCAGGGCCCGUCUCGCUGUCGGGUGCCGCGCAGACGCUGCCGGCAGGCGCAGGCCGCUGCAAGGCACGCUCGUCCGUCAUGCGCAGCGCUAGUGCGCUCGGUGCUUAGAGCAGCCCCUGCAGCGUCGCGUGACCGCUGACCCUGCACGGUGCCUCCGCAGCGAGGAGAAGGAAUUCCCAGGUCUGGCUCCCCCCCCCACCCCCGCCAGAGCAUUCCCUCGCUUGCUCAGUUUGGGUGGUGCCAAGGUUUGUGCACACUAAACAUCCCCAAAGUUUGACAACUUGACACUUCGUGGAGGGCCCUCGCGGCCAAGUUUCACGUGCCGCCGACACUGGGCUGCCCCCUCGCUUCCCCUCCGUGCCAGUCCCUGCCUUGGCAUGUUUCCCGCUGAGUUUCGUGGCCAAGUUGUGCUUGUGAAUCGUUACAGGUCUAGAAGCCCCCUGUUGAUGAGCACAACAAGUGAUUUCUGUCCCUUCCCCAGUAGAUUAUUGUGUCUGUGGGGACUACCUAUCCCAAAAUGCUGUGCAGGCCAGCCUUGUGUCAGUGUAUACCAUGAUCCCUGGGUGUCGGGAAGGUGGCUGGGUCAAAGCCUCUGCAGUCCCCAGGCGGCAGAAAUAAGGGGCUUUCAGCAAGUGAGAGCAAGAUCGCCACGUCGGCGACGUGGGCUCAGGCGCUUAGGUGCACUGUCCUGCUGAGCUGUGCUUUUGAAAUUAAGGCCAGCGCAGAGUCCUGAACACCUGGCGGCCGGUCCAGACACGAGCCACAAGGGGCUCCUACCAAAGACUACGCCCUUUGUUUAAGACCCUCUGCCCACAGAGUGAGGUGACCUUAUCAGAAAUGAAACCUAGGAAGAUUGUACUGGAAAAGGCAUCUUAAUCCCUUUGAGAACUUCUACCUAGAGAUAAAUCAAAUCAUAUUCAAUUUUUACACACUGUUUAAGUUGCUAGCCCCACACAGUCCUGCAUGUUUACUUUGGUAGCGCUCAAGUUUUUGUCUUUUUGCCAUCUUUUGUAUUUCUGGCCAACCCAGCUCUUUUAUCUUCCACGCACCAUUGACCAUGAAAAAACUGCUUUGAAUUUAACUUCUCCCCCUGCCUGUGCAUCAAAGGACCGGGACUGGCAAAUAACCUUUCAGCUCAUCUUUGAGCUGGCCUGCCUGGUGUGGGCUUUCCGUCAGUGAAACUAGAGCUCCGAGUCCGCUCCAAGUUCACCAAACAUCCUUGAUGGCAGCACAGAGUUUGGGAGGCCAGUGCAGAGUCAUAAAAUGGAACAAAACUUUUGGCUUCUCCUCGCUCCUGGGCUUUGUGUCUGUGUGUUUUUGGAGGUGGGAGUGGAUAUAAGACAGGCGAAUGAGUGACGCAGUGUUGCCAUCUGGAAGCGGAUCGUGUGAACGCAGGCCUCCGGGGUGCUCUGGGAGAGCUUUCCCCAGACCCUGCCAUGCGGCCAUUUCCUGGAGCUGCUCCACACAGGACGGGGCAACCUCGGAUUUUGCCAGCAUGUCCCGUUAGCGGAGCUGCAGCCAAGCGCAUCUCCCUGAGGAGCGUGCCUGCAGUGCGCGCGCAUUUGCAAGCAUGUGGCCCUGGGUUUGUGUUCACACGCUCCAUUUUAGCAGUGCACUAAACGGCGCGCAUUUUAGGGAGGCGCAAGGGCUGUCAUGUAUCACGUGGCCCUUGCAGGAAACUUGCAACUGCUUUUAAGCACGUGGCUUGGCAGGUCACCGGGAAGAGGUUCAGAGGCCUCAGCCACGCUCUUCCUUACGGAAGCCCUCGCGUGGGUCCCAAAUAAUCACGUGCCAGUUUUCAGCAUCGAAAGGGAGAAAAACCGCCCUCACGGGUCGUGGGGAUGGCCUGACAACCCCGAGUCUCUGUGGGGCUGCGGAUGCUAAAGAAGGGAAGGGGGCAUACUGGGGAGGCUCCAGUUGCCCGGGAAGCCUGCCGCCCCAAACCGUUCUGGCUCCAGAGAGAGGCCCCGGAGGGACCAGCGCUCCACAAGAAGGGCCGAGCUAGCGUAAAUACCGCAGAGGUGUGCUCAGCCGGCGGGCCCCUGCUGGUCCUUCAGGCUCAGCUGACAGCAGGCCCCUGGCCGCACGGGGCUGGCCUUGGACCCUGGCUUGGCCUUUCUGGUGCUGCUGGGGGGAGCCCCGGGGCGUGCAGCUGGCCCCAAACGGUUAUUGACACCCUCCCGCAUCUUGCUUCCACUCCCCCCCCCCCCCCCCCCCGGGCAGUAGAGAAGAGCUUUGGCAGCUGCCCGACGUGGUGCAUGCUGCUUUCCCCACCCUCGGAGGCCCCCGCCUGAUGGAAGUGCUGAGCUCCCCCUCCCAAGGUAGAGAGACCGCAUUCCGUUUGCAGGAGAGCUGUGGAUCCUCCUCCUGGCACGCUCUCCUGGCGUGUGCGCUCCGUGGUCGCUCUGUGCUGCUUUCGACGGGCUCGAUGGUGCAAAAGCUGGGGAGGGAGGACAGGGCAGCUGCCCACACACAGGCCAGGAGGGAGCGGAAGCGGCGUCCUGCCGUUCUCCUUUCCAGAACAGACCUCUAAGCCAGUCUGCAGCUCUGAUGCCCCCAGCUCUGUUGCGGGGAGGCUGAGAUCAAGCAAAUACCAGCUUGCUUAGGGAGGAGGAGGAGGAGGAAGGUGCUUUUAGGUGCUUUGGCAGGAAGAGGGGAGAGGUGGGCAUGGCGCAAGGCGGGACUCACUCAGCCGGGCCAGUCUCGUGACGGAAGACCCUCAGUGCCCACAUCCUGGCUUCUCCUCCUCUGUGGAGAGCCAGAAUGUCUGUCUGCACUCAGCAAACAGGAGCAGAAGACAGGGUCACUGUGGGUGGGUAACCACUGGAUUUGAAAGGUGUAUGAAGGAAAUGGCAUGCAAGGCAGCUUUUUAGGUGGCUUCAUCAGAAAAUCAUGGAGCUUGCAGCUGGUCAGAGACCAGUGGAACGAGACGUGGACGCGUAGCUUGACCUGGUCCGUGUUUAUGGAACGGCCCAGCCCCACAGAGGCCAGAGCGGGGCGUGCAGACCCAAAGCUUGCGUGUGGAGGCGGAGCGAGGCCCUGCAGCAGGCUUGGCCCAAGCCAGAGUGCACGGCUGCUCGCUAGCGGGGAGGGCUGGAGCGCUCGGCUGCUGCGGUGCCCGCACUGGGAUCGCAGGCCUCCGAGCAGCACGGCCUCCCCAGCACGCAGAGCUAGAGAAGGCGAGGGAAGGAGAACCCACAGAUGUGGGCGACAGCACAAGAGAAUGGCAAGGGGCUCCCGGUUCCCUCUUCGAGAUCUUCUCCCCUGUCCUCCCUUCUCUGUGCACCACAGACGGAGCUGCUGUCCUGCUAGGGUUUGAGCUCUCUUCCUGCGCCCUUUGCAGGUUUCCUCCAAAACUUAGAAAAAUAGGGUUGCAGGUACCGGAGAGUCCAAGGAUGCCUUGCGGCAGGUGGCUCUGGACUCGGCGCUGCCCUUCCGGCCUCUCGCGCCCUUCGCUCGCCUGGACUUGCCCCGCAUGUCACGCUGGGCCCUCGCAGCUCCUUUCAAGCCCAGCACUGGGGCUGCAAAGCAGAGCGCGGGUUCCUUCCAUCGCGACGAAAUUACGGCUUGGUAUUCAAGGGCUCCUGCCAGCCUUGGCUUGCCUGCAUGUGUCAUUCCCUCGGGAGCCCUUAACUUGCUCAUUUGCCCCAAGUAAAAUAUUUCAAAAUGCUUCCCGGGGAAGCGAAACCCCAUCGUAGCGGCGGUUCCACCACUUUCAAGAAUCUCUGCAGACGGCUGGUGAUCUGAGUGGCUGCCUUCUCUCUGGGAAGCAGGUCAGGGUGGCCAACACAAGUCCGGACUGCCCACUGGGACUGAAAUAAUUCAUCAGGUCGUGGCUUUGAUUCAUACGGCAGGAUCUGCCAUUUUCCACGAAGCCGCUUUGCCAUAGAGAUGGAGACAGGGUCUGCCAGGUGCAGUUCACGCUUUUUCCCACUCUUCUUUUCAUCUGUCACGCUGAGGAGCCUUCAGGUGUUUUCCAAAUCCAACUCGUUCUGUGCCUGUCAGGGAGGGAGAAAGCGGUGUCGGAGAAACCCUUUCCACUUGCCUCUUACUGAGAGACGCUUGGCCAAGAUGCGCUUGUUUCCAUAGCAACAAAUUAUGAAGUAGCCUGACAUCAAGAAGAGGAAGAUUAUGGUACAGCUCAUUGAAAUUCCUGCUGGAACCUGGCACAGAAGCCCAGACAAGGUGGCGCUCUGAAAAGCCCCGUGUGCUUGAAGGAGACUUGGCCCGGCACAUCUCCAUUUUCCUUGUUCGUUCAAAUGCCGGAUGCCUCAUUUGUUUUCCAUGUUUAGAGAUCCCGUCAGCUACCUGUCAGUUUUCCAGGGCACAGCAGUGCUGCUUCAGUCUUUGGCUCCUCCUCAGAAGCACAGAGACCAGUCUUCCCACUUCGUUCCACCCCCAGAAAGGCCUCAGUAACUAGGCUGUCCUUCACUCUGGAGUGCUCUCUCUCCCUUUCUCUCUUCUCUCUCCAACCUUCACUGCACGGCUGAAAUGACCUUGCAGGGACUGCUCGUGGUCCGUGCUGCAAUCGCGAUUGCACGCCCCAAGAAGCGCAGGUAGAAAGCCACAGCGUGAAAUCCGGGGACGCAGGUUGGAGCCCCGGAAGGGGGCUGCAGCGGCUCCCACAAUGCAGGGCUGGGUCGGAGAGGCACCAGAGAUGUGCCGUAUUCUAGCAUGAGGGCAAACGUAGGUGGAAGGCACACUCAUUCUUCUCCAGUGCUGUGACGGGCCGGCCAUGUGGGUGCCUGUGAAGGUGGGCUCUUGAGGGUGCCCGAUUCAGGAUCAUUUGGCAGUGGUGGAGCGGGGCAUCUCGGCUGAGGGUGUCACCUGAGCCCUUAGAAGCACUUUGCUCUUGUCCGGGCCUCCUUCCAGUCCUACUUCUACAGGGACAUUCAGUCCGAGCAGUGCCCCCUCACUGUUUCUUUCAACGUGCGGUUUUCUUAACAGAUGGUUCAAGGGCAACGUUCCCUUGACAGAUUGAGUCUUAAGAGCUAAAGACAUCCCAGCAUCCUGGAGGUUCUUCGGGAAGAAACAAGACUUCCUAUCCGUCAGCAACCUACCAGAGCAGUACAAGCUGGCUUUCCCCUUCUUUCAUGGCGCUUCCUUCUCCCUCUGAGGCUGCACUUUCCUUUCUGUCCUUGCUGCCAGGUUUACAGCUCCGGAAAACUCCCCGAGGGGCGGGCAGGGGGGAUGGGCAGCCCCUUUCGUGGCCCUGUGCCUCCCACAGGUGCUCCAGGGCAGCCUCUGGUCUCCUCCGGCGCGAGUGCCACUCCCUUCUCUCAGAGUCUGUGCUGCUUCCCCCAAGACCUGCCACCACUGAGGGAGACCCCUGCGCCCCCGUAGCUCUCCUCUCGGGAAGGUCGGCUGGGAAGUGGCUUGAAUGAGCCCCACCUCCCAGUGGCUUCGGGCACAGCAUGGGCCACUGCUGGCCCUGGGCUGCGCAUCCCAAAUGUCUCUUGAGGCCGUGUCAAGGUGGUCCCGCCAGCAGCAUGGACCCAGGUCUGAAUGCUCGGAAGGCUGUUCCUCGGCAGCUCGGGGGGGGGGCACCCACUGAGAUAAGGGGCUGUGCAGGAGGGAGCACGUUUGUCAGGAAGACGUGCCCCCCCACAUGCCUCCCUGCUGUUUUGCCCCUCCCACAGAGAACAUAGCGUCUCCUCUGGGCGGAACAAGGAGGGCCCCCCAGGCCUGUCUGGCACUUGUCCUAGGAUGCGGUGGUCUCCUGCGUACAGGCCAGUGCUGUGCCAGGGCAGGACACGACCUGUCCGCAGUCUUGGCCUGUGCCUCAGGUGUGGGUUAGGAAGGAACAAGCAGCCAGCAGGUCAGAGGUGGGCAGUUUUCCAACCACAUUCGGACUUAUGUGCAGGGAGAACUGGGACCAGGCAGGCAAGGCCUCGAGGGGGAGUAAGCAGGAAGAGCAGCAGAGCCGGGAUGUCGUCACCGGCCACUUCGAGCUCCGUGUCCAGUCGCUUGCCCUAGAAUCGCAGACCUCGUUCAGUUGCAUGCAUCCACGGUUCACCCCUUGAUUUUCGGAAUCGCUGUGGCCCGCGCCCACCCCCCCGAUCCAGGUCUGCUGGAUCCAGUGUAACCAGAGGCCCCCCUCCUCUUCCCUUUGUCCCCCCCCCACCUCCAGCAAGCCGGGGCGGCUCAAGGCAUCCCUCCAAAAAGCCCCACUGCCCACUCUGCGCCCUGCCGCACAUGGCACCCUGUCCCAGAACUCGGAGGCAGAACGAUGGGCAGCGCCGUUUCCGUGGGGCCCUGGGCGCACGCGUGGCCUGGCGACCCCUCGGGAGCUUUGCUUGGCCAGUGCCGCUGCUGCGGCUGCGGGAGGUGCGUGGGCCUUAACUGCUGGUGGGAACUUGGUGUGUCCUCCCCUCCCCUCGGCUCUCCUUUACUGCAUUUCGUUUCUUCGAGUCGGCAUUUAGCAACCUUCCUCUCUAAGCAUCUUAAAGAGAUGGUGUGGCAUUCUUUCAGAAGACCUGGCUUAGCUGUUCAUUGGCAUUUGUCCAACAUGCACCUUAUUACCAACACUGGUUUGAUAAGAUCUGCCCCAAUUCCAUUUUAUUUUAUUUUAUUGCACACACUACAAAACAGUUAGGGGAAGUGAAUGGUCGUCCCCCAGAAAAGGUUGGCAAGAAGCAGCUAUUCCUUUUUAAUUUGUGACGGGUGAGAGAACAUUUUCUUUUUUGCACUAUCUGUUAAAUCGUGUCUCCUUGCCCUCUCCUGCCCCCCACCCCAAGGCAGACACAGCCUUUGGCCCCGAAUCAGUCGCGUGUUGCCGCAACCUGGCGGACCUUCGGCAUGGGACCCGUGUGCUCUCCUGCCUGAACAUGUGCCAUGGACGGAUUUUAUGUGAGCCCUUCCGGAGAGGACUGUCUGGAGGAGGUGCGCCUGUUUGCACUGCACUCCCAAAUGGAGGCACUUCUUAAAAUGCCAAUUUUUCGGGAGUGCCACUCCUCAACAUUGUGCUCUGCCGGGGCAGAAAACGGAGAUGGCUGGCUGUGUAGUAAACCCCCAUUCUUUUAAUGGAAGUCCCAUGUCCUAGAAGAGCCGGCGGCGGCGGCUUGGAUCAUGAGCCGGGCUGUCGGUUUCCUCUCGGUUCCUGACUCUGCUGUGUGUGUCCCACAAGCGGGUGUGCGGUGGCGUUGGUUCCCAACUAGGCAGCCGUGGAAGGGUGUGGAGCCUGGCUCAGCUCGGACGCAUCUGUGGUAUCCCUGCCCUUCUAACCUUUGCCACACAGAUGGGGUGGGGUCCUCUUUGGUGGACGCCCACUCCUGGUCAGUCGGCUUCCAUCUUAUAGCAACGUUCGUCUUAACUUUCGCUUUUCUAAUCCAAACAGUGUAGCACAGUCCUCCUUUUCCCAUCAUGUAGAAUACUGCCUUAAACAGAUCCGUUCGGUUGUGUGUGUAAUUUUUUUUUUAAACUGCCAUCGAGUUUACGCAUUAAUUUAUUUUUAAAAUGUGGUUUUGGAAGACACGAUACAUGUAUAAUAUUUUUUUAACAUUUCCAUUGCAGUAUUUAUCAUUGUUACUGGUUGUGCGUAGUGUAACAGAAUUAAUAUUAAAAAGCAUAUGUAUGAAA